UACUAUAACUUACGAUUACAUUCAAUUUGCUUGCAUAUCGCUUAUUAUUUUUAAGCCAUUUAGAAUAUAGUACGUAAUCAUUAACAAAAAACGGUAUAGCUCUCUAACUUUCUUGUGUAAUAUUACUAAUAUUGUUACUUAACAUUUUUAUGUGUUAUAUUUCUACUCAAAAAUCAUGCAACUGUAAUCAUUUCUUCAAAGCGAAACAGUAACUCAUAAUAAUAAAUAUGAAGUCCAUAUUAUGUGUGUCAUUUAUGUUUGUGGUUUAUAUGGUAAACUACGCUGUUAGUCCUCCGCCAGCAUAUGUUGCUAACACAAGACCAACAGUCCGUUUAUCUGACCAGGAAUUUGAACAUAUUAUAAAGGACGAACAAGAUAAUACCCAAAAGAAUCAUCAACCACCUCCUGAUGAAAAAACAUUGGUUGAUUUAGGUAUUGAAUAUAACCGUUAUUUACGAGAAGUUGUGGAAACCUUAGAAAAAGAUGACGAAUUUAGAAAAAAACUUGAAACUGCUGAUGAAGCAGAUAUUAGGACUGGUAAAAUUGCUGAUGAAUUAGAAUAUGUAGGGCAUCAUAUUCGUUCAAAAUUAGAUGAACUUAAACGCCAGGAACUAAACAGACUACGUGAUAUAGCAAGAAAAGCUUAUAGUGAUUCUUCUGAUCCAGGUCAUGUUGAUCAUCAAAAUCCACACAGCUUUGAAAAAAAUGAUCUUUUGAAACUUAUACAACAGGUUGCUAAAGAUCUGGCAGAUGCUGACCUGAAACGUAAACAAAUGUUUAAAGAAUAUGAAAUGCAAAAACAUUUUGAAAGAGAACAAAAAAUGAAACAAAUGACUGAUGAAGAACGUCAAAAAUUCUUGUCAGAAGAGACAAAAUUGGAAUCUGAAAGAGAAGUCAAGCAUAAACUUGAUCCAAUUCAUCACCCAGGAAGCAAAAAACAACUUGAAGAAGUUUGGGAAAAACAAGAUGAAAUGGAAGGAGAAAGUUUUAAUCCUCGUACAUUUUUUGCAAUGCAUGACAUUGAUGGAAAUGGAUUUUGGGAUGAAGAAGAAUUAAAAGCAUUAUUUGUACGGGAGUUGGAUAAGCUUUAUCAACAAGGUAUGGCAAAAUCAGAUCUAAUGGAAAAAGCUGAAGAAAUGGAACGAAUGCGUGAACAUGUUUUUAAUGAGGUCGAUCUAAAUCGAGAUAGACUAAUCAGCUGGGAAGAAUUUAAGCGUAUGUCAGAACAACCUAACUUUGAAAAAGAUGAAGGAUGGAAAACUAUUGAUCAAAAUGAAAUCUAUACUAAUGAUGAGCUUAAACAAUUUGAACAUCAAAGGCAACAACAAAUUGAUCAAAUGAUUCAAAACGGUCAAAUUCCACAAUAUCCUCCAGAAUAUUAUCAACAUCACCCAAAUAUCCCAAAACCUUCACUGAAUCAUGGACCGGCUUAUCAAAUGCAUCCUAAUUAUCAUCAGCCUCAACAAAUGGGAUAUCCUCAAGAGCCAUAUGUGGGACAAAUGAACCAACAGCACCAACAAUUCCAGCAGCAGCACCCACAAAAUCAACCACAGUUACCACAAUAUCAGCAACAACAACAAAUGCAACAGCAGCCACAUCAUAUGCAACAGCAGCCACAACAAAUGCAACAGCAGCCACAACAACAUCAGCAGCCACAACAAAUGCAACAGCAGCCACAACAACAUCAGCAGCCACAACAACAAUAUCAGCAGCAACAGCAACAACAUCAGCAGCAGCAGCAACAGCAACAGCAACAACACCAAAGCAUUUCUCAAAAUGCAGUUCCUCAGCAACCAGAUCAAACAGCACAAAAAUCUAAUGACACUCAAACACAACAGCAACAAGGUCAAUCACCUCCUCUUCAACAAUAUGCUUCAGAACAAAAACAGUACCAAGCUGUAAAUAACGAUUCGGUUGAUACCGUAAAAAAACAAAAUAUAGGUCGAAUGAAUGAUGUGAAUGCAAAUCAAAUGCUAAAGAACCAAAAAGAAAAUUUUGGAAAAACAGGCCAUAUAAAUAAAAACCAAUAAAUCAAUUUGAAGUAAAUCAUCAAAACAUAAUAUCUCUAUUUUCUUUAAUUCUAUUAUAUCUAACUAUUAAAAUUCUUACAAAUAUUCAA